AUGGUGGAUGACGAAGUGAAGCUCUUCAAGAAGUACCAUUUCUUGCCCCGGGAUGGCACGUGUCCUGUAGUCCCUAUUGGAUUCAUCGUUCAUCAUUCCGAUCAUUUCUUUGCUGUCAUAUUCGACUAUCAGAGACAAAUAGCCCACGUCCUGGGUCGCCACAUUUCCGACUCCAUAAUGGAUGUAGACGGAGUAGAUCCAAAUGACUGGAAAGAUUGGGAUGGUCCGCAAUACUGGAGGAGAAUUGGAUCCCUUCAUGGCUGGUGCACAGAGGAUGUCACAAAUGUCUCUGUGAGAUCAACUAAUUGGGUGCAAAAUGGAGUCGACUGUGGUCCUAUCGCUUGCUCCGUGCUUGAGCGAUGUCUGAGCUUGGGCUUAGAUGAGCAUGGCGACCUGCCAGUGCUCGAUCUCAAAUGUGGCCACAUAUUGCGCAUUAGCAUGUUGCGUGUGGUUGCAGGGCGUCUUAAAAUCAGCUGUAGCGACUAUCUUAUGCUUCUGGACAGCCCACAGGAGACCUGGAUGGAGGGGGACGACAUACCAGACGAGGAAGUGAUGAAUUCGAUUCAGAAUGGACGGCACCAGGCGGAAUGCUUGAAGGUUCUGCGGAAAUUGACUGUCAUUAGUGCCACAUGUUCAGUGUGUCAAAUUUCUGCACUCCGAAAGGACAGCAAAACCCCCUCACACGAUAGUGAGAAUGGCGAUACAUCCACACACCUGACAGGAUCUCGGAAUCGAAAUGCUAUAGUCCCUCGCGCCAUUGGAACACAUCUUGACCUUGAGCUGGAAAUUGCGCCUGAUUCCGAUGAAAUCAUCGAAUCCCAACGCUCGGUAUCUGCCUCAGCAUCUCGUAGGCGAGUAAAAAACUGGAAUCUUGCAAGCAACAAACGCUUUCCACGUCCAAUUGCACCACCUUCACUACUUGCGUAUUCGGGUAGGAGGUGGCUCCAGGAUGAUACGACAUUUGAUGAGUAUGAGGGUGGACCUACAAUCGAGAUGUUGAAAACUCCCAGGGAUAUUAUUCCAACCAUGACAUUCCAGGCUGGUGGAAUACAGCUGUCAACUGCUUGGGUCAAUUGGGUCGAUCACGGAUAUCGCAUCACGCCUAGCUCAUUCCAUAUAUUCUAUCAAUGCGACCCCAUAGCCAUCAUGGACCACAUUAUGCCUAUUGGCACGACCAACUCAUACGAUGCUUCAAAUCAGAUUCCAGAUCGAGUGACAGGGGCAUACAGCCUGAAUCGCCAAGGGUCAGCUCAGGAAGGACAGCACACGCACAUCACAGAUGUAGAAAUUCUCUCUUCUUCUGAACUCAUCAACUCUGCCCAAUAUGAUCCUCCACUGCAUGAGGAAUGCAGGUUCGGACACAAUGCCUUUGUGCGUGGCCACACGAGUCAUCGGUAUGGUGACGGUCCUCCAUUGUAUGUCGACCUUGAACAGGAUGCAGUGAAAUUUUCGGAAGAUGAGAUAGAGAUUUCUGUGGACAUCGACAGUAUAAUUUGGGCGACGAGGGUAUUUCGAUGCAAGGGAUCCGUAGGGAUCUAUAUCACUCCACCAUUCCAAACAAAACCUGGUAUAUUCAAGCACAAUCACACGUAUGUCGACAUCAUCAUUCCGCAGUCUGAAGAAGAUGCCAGGACACCUGGUGAGCGUACAGAGUGGCUGUCAAAAAGGUUUCCUAUGUCCGCAAUCCCUCAUGCCUGUAUUGGGCGUAUUUCAUCGGCCUCCUCAACACUCAAUCUCUACAUCGCAUUUCCAAGGAUGAUACAUCAACACCCACUAAAUGGUCGAAGAAUCACGCUUAUACCAAAGGAGGUCUUGGACAUUUUCUGGGAUAGGGUGCUGCUUCCAUCAAUAGGGCGCUCUACUGAUGUCAGCUGGGCGCCUUACCUCAAGCACACAUUGGACGAAGCACGAUACAAGUCAAGAGGUACAGAUGGACGCAAAGGUGGAUGGGGACCUCCAAAGACAAUUCCCCUGUCAGAUGACGACUUCAGGGAUGUGCAGCAAUUCAUGGAAACCUAUAUAGCCUAUGGAGGGGGUGAGCUCAGCAUGUAUGGGUCGUUUUUCUUUAUUCUGGAGGGAAAGGGAAUCAAGCUCCUCACAAAGGAUGGACAGAGAGGACGCUACUCAGGACCAGAAGAGGCGCUGUGUCGCAACCUGUCUGACCUCGACUGGCCAUAUAUGAUGAAUCGGACGCAUGGUGAGCUUCUAGUGGAUGUGGGUAUCUCAUUCACGCCCCGCUCCCCGGAUGUUCCUGUGGUUGGUAUUUGGAGACUGGAUGCACUGGAGGCCUCAUUCGGUGCAGGAGGAUACAAGAGAGGCGAAAUUCAUCACCACAACACAUUGUCUCGAUAUGGCGCACUGCAGGCUGAGAUGCAACAGGAAAGAUCCCAGCAAGCCCACAUCGCAUUUAGGAGCACCUACAACCUAUACUAUGAAUCUAUCCGAACCAACAACAACCAAGCGAACUUUGCUUCGGACAGCGAUGCCUACAGGCUUUCUCCAUCCUACAUGGCUGAAUGCUCCGACAUAAUGAAGGUGGUCGAAGGGUGUAAGGAGAAGACAUAUGGUGUCAGAGAUGAGUAUAGGGUGAGCGGCCAUGCAGCCAGAAUAAUGCUGGAUAAUAUAGAAGACAAGGCUAAAGAAUAUCUGCGUUCUGAUCCAAUACUAUGGAUCCCAUCCAAGAUCUGGUUUGAGCUGAUCAGGCGACGUGUGCGGGAGAUUCAGAGGACCCAAAUAACCGUUGUAAAAAAGAACCCUCCCAAUCUUGGCAUCAUAACUGGCUUGCUCAACCACAUGCUUCGUUCAACUACAUCUACCCCUAUCAUCUAUGAUCGUCAUGUACGCGAAUCCCUUGCACUCCUUGAAUACAGAAAUGUACUCGAGACAGCAGGGAUGUUUUUCCUGCAAGACUUCGAUCUAGCCAGCGACACCUGCCUGGAGGAGGUGCAGCAAAUAGAUGAUGUAAAUGUUCUGGCUCUCAUGGGUGCAACUGCCAAGGCUCGAAGGGAUAGAGCGGUGGGAAGGUUGGAAGGUUGGAAAAACCUCGAGUCAGAGAUGGAAGACUAUCCUAUUGGUCGUACACCAACAUGGAACACACUCAAGACAGCCAUCGCAAGCUCUCCUGGGUUGAUAAUGAGGCAAUGGACACGUUCGACCAGUUUGUCCAUCAAUGAACUCUCCGUUGGACGAUUGAUAGUCAAUUUCACAAGACAAAUGUGGCUCAUGCUUACAAACGAAGUCUUUAAAGGUAUCACACCCUACCCAAGCUCGCUCAAUGAUGCCAUGAAGUGCUGGACAAUCACAAGCAUCGAUGACACCCUCGCUUCUGUCGCAUUUGAAGCAUGCAAUUCUGGGCUGCAUGAUAAUACAGGUGUCACUCCAGGUCGCAUGGGUCCCAAAUCGAAAGCAUUUUUGGACAGGUGCUCCUUAUUCUUCCCCGACCCUGAUGCAUCCCACAAAGAAAAAUCUCAGUGGUCCACCCUGUGGGAGGGAGAUGGCUAUAUUGCAGAGUUUCACAGAAUGAUGAAGAACAUGAAUGAGGAUCAGGAGGCAUCGCUCAAGCAAGGUUUAUGUCAGGUAUUCUCUGACCUUCACUGUCUUCCUGCCAGCGGUGCAAGGGUGUGGAUUCAAAAGAAUGAUGCGAUAGUAUUUGUGACGAAUCCCGCAUUUUACAGGAUUGAUUGUGUUGGAAGAAAUGGAAAGAGUCAGAGGAGAGCUCCAAGAGCACGUCGUACAUUGAAGUUGAUCAAGGGAAAGCGCAUAUUUGCAGCUGAUUUGAUGGACUCCCAUCCAUUCGACACUGAUGGGAAUCUGAGAAGAAAGACAGAGAGGCAAAAGCGUCGGGAGAUUCACAAAAAGAUGACCAUGGCGAAGAGAAACAACCGGGUGCCCCCUCCUCCACGUCUACGCAAAAAAUCCAGGCCAUUCCCAAUGCGUGCAUCAGAACAUGUGGCAAGAGAUGAUGAAAUGGAGGUCGAUUAG